GGAGGGACGGGAAAAUCACAACAGAGAGCUACUUCUGCUUUGACAGCCCUGUGUCUUUUGCCGCUGAAACACUCUUUCUACGGGGAAGGGAGAUGUCACGAAAACCUAAAGAUGAAUACUACCGUUUUUUCACCGUUACCGACCCACGCGCACACGAGAAGGGACACACCGAGUACAAAGUGUCAGCAAGGUUUGUGUCAAAGCGCCAUCCAGAAGAUGUGAAGGAGGUGGUCGUGUGGAGGAGGUUCUCAGAGCUGAAGAAGCUCCACGGGGAGCUGGCCUACACUCACAGGAACCUGUUCAGAAAAGAGGAAGAGUUCCCAUCGUUUCCCCGCGCACAAGUCUUUGGAAGGUUUGAUGAAGCUGUGAUAGAGGAGAGGAGACAAGCUACAGAGGCCAUGCUCCUAUUUACUACCAGCAUACCUGCACUCUACAACAGCCCACAGCUCAAGGACUUCUUCAGAGGUGGUGAGGUCACGAGGCCUCUGGAUGCCCCCCCUCUGUCCACUGCCGGGCCUCUGCCUCCCCCUCUCAUCCCCCUCCCCAAGCGGAGAGCCUCAGACUGUGAACCUGCAGAGGAGGAGGAGGGGAGGGAGGCUCCCACCUUACCCCAGGACCUGGGCACCAACCUGAGCUUAGAGGUGGGAGAACCAGAGGUGGCCGCUGAGGCUUACAGCGAGAUGGGGGGCUCUCCGAGAGAAGAACCAGAACCAGAACCAGAACCAGAACAAGAGGAGCUCAGCGACACGGAGCUGGAUGACAUAAUUCCAUUUCCCGACCCAUGCCAAGAUGAAAUCCCCCUAUCACCUGAGUCCCAGGAAGAGUUUGACUCCCUGUUUGAUUCUGUGGCAGAAGAUCUAGCCUCAUCCCCAAAAGAGGAAGGGCCUCCUCCUCUGACUGAUAAUGACUUGGCUGUCUUUGACCCCUGCUAUAAACAAGAUAAAUCCAAUUCCUGCACUGACUACUCAGACUUAUUCUCCCUGCCACCAACCAGUCUGGACGGAGGGGACGUGGGUUAUCUAAACCAAGCUGCCACUGAGCUAACAGCUGCAAUGGAGCUGGAGAAGGAGGGAGAGUUCAGUUCUGCCAUCCGCAGGUACAGGACGGCCGUGGACACACUGAUCACUGGAGUAAAAGGAGACCCCGAUCCGAUCCGCAGAGAGUCCGUGAUGAGAAGGACAGCUCAGUACCUGAAGCACACGGAGAUGUUGGUGGACAGGCAUUCCUCGCCUUCAAACACUCUCACACACACACAGGACUCUUAGAAGCACACACACCUUUUGAUAUAUUCUGUUCACACACGAGUAUGGAAGAGUAAACAUUUCACGAAUGGAUCAAUGGAUCUCAAUACAUUUAUAAAAUCAUUUAGAAGUAAAAGCCUUAAUCAUCAAAUAAAUAUGCAGGUUAUUUAAAUGAUCAUACAGUUUAUGCACAGAAAAAUAAACAAAUUAAAUAUAUUAAUUUGAAAACACAAGGAUAUAAGUAAAGAGAGGAAUAAGUAAAAACUCAAAACAAUUUGAACAAACAAGAAUAAAUUGGUAAAUGAUUGAAAUUGGUAAAAAACAAAUACAUUAUAUGUAUUUCUUCCAUUUCUGUGCACAAUUGAUUGUAUAUUCAAAUGAAUCUGCAUAAUUACCGACUCCUUAAGGCUUUUAUUUCUACAUUCUUUUUCAAAUGUAAUUAUUUAUUAGGUAAUUUAUUGAUUCAUGUACUUAUAUAAUGGCAGCCUUAGUUCUCCAUACAUAAAGACAGAUCAAAGACAUAGAAGCUCAGGGUUGUGACAUCCAUAUGCACACAUACAUGUCACACAUACAUGAAGACACACACUCUUGAGGUACACACUACACUGCAGACUACUUUAGCUGCCUCUGUGUAGUGCAUCAUCUGUUCAAUGUAAAAGCUACAUUUAAAAUCACAUGAAAAUAUUACUUUAAAGCAUUAAUAGAUACAAUCUGUGAUCUCUCUUUCUCUUGUUUGAUUCCUUCCUUUCCUUCUCAAUGCUUUCUUGUUGAAUACGAUUAUAUGUGUGUAUCAGUCAUUUGCAUUUUGCACAAACAAUGUUUUUGUUAAUAAAAAUGCGUCAAUAA